CUGAAGGGUAGCCCAGAGGCAGCAGCUCUUCAGUUAACGCGGGAAUUCGGCCUGAGAAGGCCCGCACGCCACUUACACUGCGAAUUCACGGAUCAUUUCCACCGACCUCCGACAGAUUUCCGUCGUUCCGCCCGCCGCGGGCGCUGCACCUCGCCUCCAACAAGCUUCCCGCUGGAGUGGAAUUAAUCUGCAGGACUAAUUGGAAACUGUUCAACCCAGGUCACCUCCACUCAAGAGCCAGGGUCACCCCACUCCGUGGACAGUUUCUAUGUUUGCACGUGUUCAGAAGCUGAACUUCAAGUCGUCAUCAACUUGUUCACUGAAACAUACAAGAGGAUGAGAUUUUCAUUCAACAUCCGCAAAAGAAAGAAAACACUGCAAUCCAUCGACAACAUCUGAUAUGGAAUAUGUGGAUUAAGAAUUUAUGGGCCAAGAUGAAGGAACAGAGAUCCCAAAGUAAAGAAAGUGCCUGAUUGCGAAUCACAUCAGAAAGGGAGAUCUGUGCCAUGGAACCCUCUUAACCUUUGCAGACCGGUUACAUCAAGCUCCACGUCCAACUAUAGGAGUUCAAUACCUUGCAACGAAAUGUGUGGAUGUAAGGAAACAUCAGAAGUCCAAGUGGUUCAUGCCUUGGGGUCCCAACCAAUGCGAAAAGAAAAUCCAGGAGUUUUCCGAAGCUAUGAAACAACAAAUUGAAGCCAAUGAUAUUGUGUUUACAAUUCACAUCCCACAUCAAAAUUGGGAAAUGAGUUCCUGGUUUCAAUUCCUGUUGGUGGUUUUGCAAUUUGAGAUUGAAUUUCAAAUUGACAACGAAAUAGAUGACAAUGCUGUGGUUACGUUGAAUGUUUCACUAGGCUAUCGUGAUGACCGUAUUAGUGAAUGGACCGAAAUGGCCCAUUCGAUUGAGAAACGGAAACUAAACUGCAACUUCUCAUCUCCAAAAAAUCAUGACAAUCAGGGGCAGCUGUAUGACUGUGAGCUGCUUCCCUUCAUGGAAUUGGGGAGUGUUGCGCACAAGUAUUACCUGAUUAACAUUCGACUUCCUGUUAAUGAGAAGAAGAACAUCAACAUGAAAAUUGGAAAACUCAAGAAUAUUCGGAUGGUGUCAAUUCAUCAGAAUGGGGGAUUCACAAGGGUCUGGUUUGCAAUGAAAACCUUCCUGACUCCCAGUAUUCUCAUCAUUAUGAUCUGGUACUGGAGACGAAUUACAAUGAUGACUCGCCCACCGGUCCUUCUGGAGAAAGUAAUUUUUGCACUUGGAAUCUCAAUGACCUUUAUAAAUAUCCCAGUGGAAUGGUUUUCCAUUGGAUUUGACUGGACUUGGAUGCUGCUGUUUGGAGACAUUCGACAGGGCAUCUUCUAUGCCAUGUUGCUGUCAUUUUGGAUUAUCUUCUGCGGGGAGCAUCUCAUGGACCAGAACGAAAGGAAUCGACUAUCUGUUUACCUGAAGCAGAUUGUGCCAAUUGGUUUUGGUUCCUUCUGCCUCUUCAUUUUUGAUCUAUGCGAGAGGGGCGUGCAAUUGACGAACCCAUUCUACAGUAUUUGGGCCACUGAUGUCGGCACAGAAUUGGCUAUGGCCUUUAUCAUAGUCGCAGGCAUCUGUGCCUGUCUCUAUUUCUUUUUUCUCUGCUUCAUGGUAUUCCAGGUCUUUCGAAAUAUAAGCGGCAAAAGAUGUUCGCUCCCAGCCAUGUCCAAAGCAAGGAGACUGCACUACGAGGGGUUAAUAUUUCGGUUCAAGUUCCUGAUGCUUGUCACGCUGACCUGUGCAGCCAUGACCAUAGUAUUCUUCAUUAUAAGUCAGGUAAAUGAUGGAUACUGGAAGUGGGGAGAAUACACCAUCCAGGUGAACAGUGCUUUCUUCACUGGCAUUUAUGGCAUGUGGAACCUGUAUGUCUUCGCCAUCAUGUUUCUGUAUGCUCCUUCCCAUAAGUGUUACAGCGAUGCUGAUCAAUCAAACGGUGAUCUGGGAGUGAAUGGCGGUGAGGAACUGCAGCUGACGACCACAAUCACCCAUGCUGAUGGACCAACUGAAAUUUACAGAUUGGCUGGCAAGGAGGCACAAGAAUAAUGAUGGGACUGGAAUUGGGAGAAGUCAUGCCAGCAACGCAAGUCCAACUAAGCAAUUCCCCUCAGAAGAGGAGAAGUAUAAAUCUGCUGUGUUAUGUGUGAACUGAGGUCAUGUGAUAGGGAUUUGGGCCUGUUGAAAUUCCUGUUGCUGGUGAGAGAGAACUCCUGCUUCCAAUAAUUUUGCUCCAACUUGUAUAAUCUGUGGAAGAUUCCAGAACUGUGCCUUUAUACAAUGGGAUGAUAUUCCUUUUUUCUGAAAGCAGUCAUGUGCACAUUUAAUUGUCAAAGCAAAUUACCAUCAUUGUAGUUAAUAUCUUUCUGAGCAUUACUUUCUGUAACUAUAAAGUAUUGUAGUGUUGCGACUGUGUGUGGGCAGAUACUUCUGUUGCUCAAGGGGUUGUGAGACUGUGUGAGAGGUAAAGAAAGAACUGCAAUUAUAUAGCAUCUUAAGUCCUCAGGAUGCCCCAAAACGCUUUGCAUUUAGUGACUUACUUAGAGGUAAUGGAUUUAGAUUUAGAUUUUACAAGAAAUGCAUACUUGCAGACUCAGCUCCUGAUGGAGAUCAACAUUACUGUCAUAUAGUACACUUUUUAAAUAUAGAUUGUAAAAAAGUAUGCUCAAACUAUUAUUAUCUGUGUACUCGAGCAUUUAUUUUAGAUAAUUCUAAAAGCAUAGGUCCUCUGAAAGUGGAAGAGAAACGUAAAAGAAAACCUGAAUAUUUUGCUUAAUUUGAGAUCCUUCCAUUAUGUGGAAAGGUUAUGUUGUGUACAAGCAGACUGGAGAUUACUGGUGUAACCUUAAACCAGUUGUGUAUACAUAAUGCAUUUGGGUAAUCCACAUGAGGCACCAGUUUUGCCUGGAAACUCUCAGUAGACUUGAUACUGUAUAUCAUCUGGGCUUCCAUUCACAGCUAGAUGAUGUCUGGUUCGAUCUUCAGUGCACAUAUUGUGGAUGGAAAUUAAGGAAUUUUAUAUAUCAAGGUUAUUCUAACAUCAGUAAAGCAAGUAUGAUUUCUCUCAAUUCAGUAGAAUGAUUAGUAUGGAUUUUUCACUUUGAAAUAAGUACCAGACCUUCAUUUCAAUCAAGAGGGCGGUGUGGUGUAUAACUAGAGCUGUAGCCUGUCACUUCUGUGCAAUCUUCCUUAGAGUGCUUCUUGAGCAAGGCACUGAUUAAAGUUAUAUCCCUCUACAGAAAGUCAUGAAAUUAUCAUUACAGAUAUCUGGUACUAUUUCUUCCUUUCUCUUCUAAAGUUGCUGCAAUAUAUUAACCCAGUUGGUGAGCAACACUCCAGUGUUUUACCCAAUAACUAUCCUGAAUGCAGUUCUUGGACACAAUGUUUUCCAUGCAAAGGUCACUAUAUAAUGAUCAGAGUCAGUGAUUGUGGCAGUUUAAUGUUCUUUAAAAUUCCCUUCCCUUCUUGCAUUGGGCAGCCAUGUGCACCCUUUUGUCAUAGCUUGAGAUGAGCUCAUUAGCAAAAACUGGGGUCCUCCUGGCUUGUGUGGGUGAGUACCUCAACAUAUUGAGAGUCACUUAAGAAUUGUGUUUGAUGCUUUAAAGCAUUUCUCACUUAGUUAAAAUCUGGCAUCAAUUUCUAAGUGUGAAGUAGGGCUUCUGACAUUGGCAUGCAUUAGUAAAGUCAUUCAAAACACAGAUCAGACACCUUUACCUUACGUUAGGAAUAUGUUGCACAACACAUUUCAGAAAUAAAUAUUUGUUAUAAUGGCCAAUUUUAUUUUGAAACAAAAGGGAUGUAGCAUGUCCUUUGACGUAAACACUAAGGUGAAAACUGUACUCCUUCAGUGAUGUAGAUAAUUUAUGAUAAAACAGUGUACAAUUAAUCCAUUUUAGUUGGUGAAAGGAUUUUUUUAAACUUGGAAGUAGAUUGCUUGUAUGCUAAUUUUAAAUAAAGUUUGUAUA